AUGGGUUUACCAACUACACCACAUCCUACUCCUUAUUCUGUAGGUUGGGUGAAUAGUUCCUCUAUGCAGAGAAUUACUCAUCAGUGUGUUAUUAAGUUUUCUUUUGUUGGAUAUGAAGAAUCUGUGAUAUGUGAUGUUAUUGAUAUGAAUGCAACACAUCUCAUACUUGGAAGACCAUGGCAGUAUGAUGUUAGAGCAGUUCAUAACUGUUUUGAGUAUACUUAUACCUUUUACAAAGAUGGUAAAAGAGGGACUCUAUUUUCUUCCAAGUCUUUUUCAGUGAUUCAAGAAUGUAGUGAUUGCAAGACUACUGCAUUGGUGGCUACUAUAUUUCUUUCUUUACACUCAUCUCACACUUUGAUUCUCAUGAAGACACCAAACCUAUGCAGAAGUGCAAAAGAUCAUAUCAAUCAUCUUUCUCAGUUGUUCAAAGUUUUGUAUGACAAUUCUUUGUUUGUGAACUUGAAGAAAUGCACAUUUAUGUCAUCUGAAGUUACCUUCUUGGGAUAUGUUAUCUCUUCCAAAGCUCCUAUCCUCGCACUGCCUGACUUUUCCAAGCCUUUUCAAGUUGAUUGUGAUGCUUCUAUUAUUGGAAUUGGAGCUGUUUUGUCUCAGGAAGGACAUCCAGUUUCUUACCAUAGUGAAAAGAACUCUAAUACUCCAAAAAAGUGGUCUAUAUAUGAAUUGGAAUUGCUUGCUCUUGUACAAGCUCUUAAACAGUGGCAUACAUAUUUGGUUCAUCAAGAAUUUGUGAUUAAUACUGAUAAUCAUGCUUUGAAAUAUCUCCAGACUUCAUCUAAGGUUAAACAAGGCCAUAUUGUGGCAACUAUUCAAAAUCAGAGUUUUGCUUUUGAUUAUAUCAAAGAGGUUUAUGGUGAGGAUGAUGACUUCAAGUCACUUUGGGAACAAUGCAGUUCUUUAGCUCAUGGAGUUGAUGAUUUUCUUAUUCAAGAUGGUUUUUUAUUUAAAGGUAAUCGUCUUUUCAUUCCUAAUGGUUCUUUACGUCGUGAACUGCAUGGAAGUGGACUUGGUGGCCAUUUUGGCAGAGAUAAAACUAUUGCACUUGUAGAGGAACGUUAUUAUUAG